AUGACUGUUGAGCCAUACCAACCUGUAGCUACCUCUCCAACCAAGUAUAAACCAGGCAAUACAGGGAAAAAUGCAGAGGAAUGUGAUGUUCAAGCUGAUAUUAUUGUCUUGUUUGACGACUCCUCUAGUAUCCAAUAUGAUAACAAGGAAAAUUACCAAAUGAUGAAAAACUUCGUCAAAGAGCUCGUUGACAGUUUCACAACUGUAGGUGUCAACGGACAUAACGGCUCACAAUUUGGUGUUGUCCAGUUUUCUCAAGGAGUUAAAACAGCAUUCCCCUUAAACAAAUUUAAAUCAAAGGAGGAUAUAAAGAAAGGAGUACAAGAUAUGGUACCAAGAAACGGGGGACAAACUGAGAUUGGAACUGGUCUGAGGCACGUUCGUGAAAACAGUUUCAGUGGCGCAGAAGGUGGUGGUAAUCCAGAUAAACAAAAGAUCGUGAUAUUGAUGACCGAUGGUAAGAGUAACGCAGGAGAUCCACCUCAGCACGAGGCUCAUAAAUUGAAAGCCGAAGGCGUCACAGUCAUCGCUAUUGGAAUUGGUCAAGGAUUUGUUAAAACCGAACUUGAGCAGAUUGCUACAAUGAAAAAUUACGUCUUGACCACCAACUCCUUCUCUGAAUUAUCCACACUGCUCAAAUUGGUAAUCGAUCUUGCAUGUGAAGUGUGUGUUGUCGACUGUGCCGGACAUGCUGACAUAGCAUUUGUUUUUGACGCUUCUUCAAGUAUUAACGCUAACAACCCAAACAAUUACCAAUUGAUGAAAAAUUUCAUGAAAGACAUCGUUGAUAGAUUCAACAAAACUGGUCCCGAUGGAACCCAGUUUGCUGUAGUAACCUUUGCUGACCGGGCCACAAAACAAUUCGGGUUAAAAGACUACUCAUCCAAAGCUGACAUCAAAGGAGCCAUUGAUAAAGUGACGCCAUCAAUUAUAGGACAGACAGCAAUCGGGGAUGGAUUAGAGAAUGCUAGGUUAGAAAUCUUUCCGAAUAGAAAUGGUGGAGGACGUGAGGAAGUACAGAAGGUGGUAAUUCUGUUAACAGAUGGACAAAAUAACGGCCAUAAAUCUCCCGAGCACGAGAGUUCGUUGCUAAGGAAGGAAGGAGUUGUCAUUGUUGCUAUUGGAGUUGGAACUGGAUUUCUGAAAUCUGAAUUGAUUAACAUAGCCUCAUCUGAAGAAUACGUGUUUACAACAACCUCAUUCGCUAAAUUGUCAAAGAUUAUGGACGAUGUUGUAAAACUAGCCUGCAUGAGUUGUAAACCACGUGCACACAAGAGAGGAUCAGGAGGUGGAUCCAGCCCUAAUGUGUACUCACCACCAUCAUCACCGGACGUAUACACAUCACCACCACCAGUGUACACACCAGCACCACCAGUAUACACACCAGCACCACCAGUAUACACACCAGCACCACCAUCAUACACACCACAACAAGUGGUCACCCCAGUAAUAGAACCAAUACCGUCACCAGUAGAAUACAACACGCCAGCACCAUCACCAGUAUACACAGACGCACCGCCACAAGUGUACACAGUAGGACCGCCAGUAUAUACACCAUCUCCGCCGGCAGUGUAUACUGCACCACCGUAUGUAGCACCAGCUCCAGUAGAUGUUUACACUCCUGCUCCAGCAGAUGUUUACACUCCUGCACCAUCAGGAAGCAAAUGCUCUCCCGGAUAUUGUAAACAUUAUGGGUAUUGUAUGGACAUGGGAAGCAAAGCGCAAUGUCUCUGUUCUUCCGGUUAUACUGGUGAAAGAUGUGAGAACAAAGGUUCAAGUAGUCCAUCAAGCUCUGAAACGUAUGUACCAGAAGAAAGUACACCAGCACCAUACGUAGCUCCAGAACCGUAUGUGGCACCAGAACCGUAUGUGGCACCAGAGCCAUAUGUUGCACCGUAUGUGGCACCAGAGCCAUAUGUUGCACCGUAUGUUGCACCAGAACCAUAUGUGCCAGAGGUUGUCCAUGGAAAACCAGGAACACACGGCAACCCAGGAACACCCGGAGGACCCGGAUCUGAUGGAAGCCCAGGAACACCAGGACAACCAGGACCACCUGGACCACCAGGCUCACCAGGACCAAAUGGUGAAACAGGAGGUAGAGGAGCUGAUGGAAACCCAGGAUCUCAAGGAGCUGCAGGAGAGAAUGGCCAAGAUGGAAAACCAGGUACACCAGGUAAUCCAGGAAGAGAUGGAAACCCCGGUCAACCCGGUGGCAAGGGGCAAGAUGGUAUGAGAGGAGGUAAAGGGCUACCAGGAGACCCUGGUCAACCAGGAAGCGAUGGAACACCAGGUACUGAUGGAAAGAACGGACUCGACGGAAAAGAUGGUACAAUCCAUGUUGUCCUCGAUAACGCAGGAAAAUACACAAUAGGAUCAAUGGAGAAAGCAGAAAUAAAGAAAGAAAUUAAGUCAGCUUGGUCCGCAUGGAAGGGUGGUAACAAAUCACAAGGCCCUGCCGUCCGUCAAAAAAUGGGAAAGAAAGCAGCAUCCUCUUGGUCUGCAUGGAGUGCAGGAUCUCAACUCCCAACCGGUUGGUCAGCAUGGGGACAAGCAGGAAAUAAAGGAGUGAAGUCAGCAAUAGCACAACCAGUAAAGAACAACAACAUGCAAUCAGCCUGGUCAGCAUGGUCUGCAGGCAAUAACGGAAAUGGGAACAAAGGCUGGUCCGCAUGGUCAGCAGGUAAUAACGGAAAUGUAAACAAAGGAAGCUGGUCAGCAUGGUCAGCAGGUAAUAACCCAAAUGUGAACAAAGGUGGUCAGUCAGGCUGGUCCGCAUGGUCUGCAGGCAAUCAACUCCCAAAAGCGGGAACAAAGAAAGCAGUGCAAUCAUCUUGGUCUGCAUGGAGUGCAGGACCGCAAGUGGCUGCCAAAAAAGUUAAACAGAGUCUUGCUCCUGCAACCAGCGUUAAGCCAGCACAGGAUUCCUGGGGAGGAUGGAAUCCGUCUUCAGAUUCUUGGAGCGACUGGGGUCCAUCUUCAGAUUCUUGGGGAGAUUGGAAGAAAUAAAAUGACGGUGGAAAAUAUUAAUCAUUGAUUUACGGCAUUUAAUGGUCAUUAGCUCUUAUAUUGUAUUUAAAUAUUCAUCAUUAAAAUAUUUCCAUGCACUCAA